AUGGAGGAGGACAACGCGAAGCAAACCCUGUUUAGUAAAAAACACAAGCAGAGGAACAGGUUUGAGUGCCAAUUCUGCUGGAGUAAGAAUCGGACGUGCGCUAACAUGCACUUGACCUGGGAAGUAGCACUCCUGGUGGUGCACAUAUUAAUCUUUCCCAUAUUAAUUUUCAAAUUGGUAAUGGACGGAAAACUGGAACACAAGGAAAAAACACUGUUUAGGUCAUUCGAAAGUGGGGGUCAUUUUAUGCAGGGGAUUGUGUUCAUCUUGCUGAUUGUCCCCUUCAAAUUUAACAAAAUGAUCAUAAACUGGAUAUAUAAUCUUGCCAUGAAAAAUGAGACAUGCAUGGAUGAGUGCACACAGCAUCCGUAUCAUCUAACGUAUCAGCAGCUGCACCAACAGCCGGGUGAUAAUAUGGAGGAGAGUAAAAAGGGGAAUUCUCUCUCCAAUAAAGAGGGCGACGAUGCGGGGGUAAGCGAAAAGGGAAAUGAAAGGGACUCUAGUAUGAACACCGCACGCGGUAGUUUCGAUGAUGAUAAUAUAGACCAGCAGGAAGUGGGCGACCGGACGACGAAGAACCAAGUAGUGAAGAACCAAAAAGUGAACAACAAGACAGUGAACAGCCAGGCAGUUGCCGAACAUUUUGCAGACGCGAGUAAAAUGGACACGGGGAAGAGAGACGGUCACGCGGAGUUCAUCCAUAUAGGCUAUGCGAAUAGUGACAGUGUUGGAAACAACAUCGACCACCAGAACGGAAAUGCUGGAAAAAACACCUCCGGGGAGCACUUAACCACGAACAUGCAAAGGACGGGGAUCAAUGGCAGACCACCCUGUGAAAACACAGACAGCAACAUCCCCCUGUGCGAAUCUUUUGUUAACAGCUUGGUCUUUCCACCCAACACCCCAAACCAUUCAAGAGAAAAAAUUCAGUGCUUCUUUAUGUGCGCAAAGCUGUAUGCAAACAAGAAGAGCGCCUUUCUGUUUUUUCUCAAGUAUUUCUUUACCGUCUCCCUGAUGUUUACCUAUCCGUUGUACAAUCUAUGGAAGAGGAAGCGGCGCUACAAAAAUUUCUACUGCUCGUCGUACUUCUCAAAUGCGUUCGACUUCGCAUCGGGUCUACUCAUGGGAUCCUUCUUUGUCUUGUCAUACGGACUUAUGAAUUUUUUUGAUAACCUUUAUAAGAACAGAAAAAAAGAGAAGUUUCAGUUUUUCGAUAACUAUCCUUUUCUGAGGGAAAUGAAGUGCAUAUGUGAUGAGAACGCCCGGCUCAUUUUAUAUAAUAAUCCUCACCUAAGAAAAAUAGGGAUACAGUACCUUAAAUCGUAUAGGACUUACAAGAAAUUUCUUUUCAAGGGCUUUUUCGUUUUGUUCUUUGCCUCGAUGAAGGGCCUUACUGAAUGCCAGUCGUUGGAAACAACGGGGGCUCUGAAGCGUUAA